CGGCAAUACCUACGACAGAAACCCAAAAUGAGUGCAUCCCAAUCUCCACACAACCAGGUCAUGUACGACUGGGCAAAGUCAGGGAAGCGCACCGACUUCUCCCUGGUAUGUGGCGACCGAACGUUUCCAGUCCACCAACUCGUUGUGUGCACCCAAGUGCCAGCUUUUGCGGCCGCAUGCGAAGGGGGGUUCCAGGAGGGCCGCAGCCGCGUGUAUCGUAUUGAAGGGUUCGAGCCGUCAAGUGUCGGUUAUCUGGUGGAAUACCUCUACAUGGGCGACUACAACAUGAGCCUCCCUGGUUAUGAGGGGGACGAUAAGAGGACUAUGGACAAGAACAUGGAGAUUAUCACGAAGGCCCUUCGUGCCCACGCCGAAAUCAUCAAACUCGCCGACUACUUCAUUCUGCCGCGACUCCAGCAUCUCGCGCGAGAGAAAGUGAUCGAACUGAUAGAGUCGGAAUGUUCCAACGCGGAAAUGGCCUUCCUAUUACGUGCGGCCCACACAAUCACCGGUGAUGCUGUCAUUUGCAGCAGUAUCAUGGACCAUCUGCAUGUCGACUUUGACUCUCUGGACGAAGACUUCAUUCAGAAACUGUUCCCUGAUGCAUUUUCUCGCGACCUCCUUCAAUGGAAGAACGGCCAGAUAGUCCAGUUGAUGUAUGAGAAUGACCGGCUCAGAACCCAGAUUCGGGAGAACGUCUCGGAGUACACGAUUAGCCUGGAUACUCUCCCGAGUUUCUCUGCUUUCUGUUCUCUCACUUGUGGUCGAUGUAAUUGUGUUGAGCAGAUCUCUAUCCGAGGUGGGGUGAAGUACCGCGUCGUUUGCACUAAUUGCCCUAGGGAUGGAUAA